AUGCGGAUUUACCUCUUUGGGUUUUGUAGGCGGGUUGUGUCGUGCUGGUCAAAACAGCUUUUUUUCUUUUGGUUUCUGACGUUCCAGAAUGCGAUAGCGGUGCUGCUCAUUAGUUACACUCAGGAACGCCAGUUGGCUGCUGGCGUUGAGCGGUUUGCCGUGAUGCACGCAGUGUUGAUUCAGGAGGCUAUAAAGUUCAUUGCGUCCUUUGCCUGGUGCGUCAUUGACGUGUGGCGCUACGUCCGAGAACACGCGACUGAAAGGAACGAAAAGGAAUUGAUUUUGGAUGGGCUCGACGAAAUGCAGCCGCUGCCGGUAAAAGUCAACACUGGCAGCGAUGUAAUCAGCUCGUCUCAUUUAAACAACAGUGAGGAAAUAAACUGUAAAGACAAUUUGCUGGACGCAUCGUUUCAACUCUCCGCAUCAAAGACUCCGGGACAGUGGCGUUUGUUUAAGAAUGGAAUUGUCUCCGAGUUGUUUCACCCAAGUGCCUUCCGCAUGCUGCUGCCGGCUCUGCUCUACGGGUUCCAGAACUGCUGCGUUUAUUUGGCCCUUGCCAACAUUGAGCCGACGCUCUUUCAGGUGACGUACCAGUCGAGAAUAAUCAUCACGGCGGUCUUUAUGUCAGUUUUCCUCGGGCGUUGUUUUUUAUUUCGGCAGUGGGUGGCUCUUGUCGUGUUGGCACUCGGCGUCUCUGUGGCGCAGCUUGGGGACAGGACCGCCUCAGGGGCAGAGCGGUCGCCAGAGGGGAGUUUUAAGGGGGAUUACACCGUUGGCAUCGUUGCCACGAUAUUCUCUGCGGCAACAUCCAGCGCCGCAUCUGUUAUUAUGGAGUCCUUUUUAAAGUCCCGGUCUAGUUCGAUGAGUUUGUUUACCUCCACUAAAAAUUUGCACCUAGCCCUUCACUCGGUCUUAUGCUUUGCCGUGUUUCAGGCACUGAACGGUUCUGUGGGCGGCUUCACGGAGUCCCGUAAUGCGUCUUUUAUUGACGCCGUUCGCACUUACUUUCUUGGCUUUGACGGGUUAGUUUGGGUGAUGUUAGUGGUGCAGGCGAUUGGCGGACUUCUGGUGGCGGUGGUGAUCAAAUACUCCGACAAUAUUGUGAGAACAUUUGCAGCGGUGAUCUCCAUUGCGUUGAGUGGUUUGUGCUCCUCUUAUUUGUACGCGUUUUGUCCGAGCGCAACAUUUUUGGUUGGAAAUGCCGUAUCCCUUGGCGCCAUCGUUGUGUACAACUCUUAA